AUAAAUGUUCAGGUGGCACCACGACCAGUUGUCUGGACUUUCAGUGGAAAAGACGCACAAAAACCGAGUGCAGAAGAUAAAACCCCAAUUAAGGCAGUGGAAAUCUAGGUUAUCCACCGGCACCGGGAGCCGGUGGCGCACACAACUAAACCCACACUCUCUGCAAAACCGUCCCACGCUAACAUUCGCUGUCACCUUUCUACCUAGCUUAGCGUACGCCAGGCUGAAUCUCACCGUCAUAUCGUACUUCAACUUCAGAAACAGAAUUCAAGAAUCAAGCAAUCUUCAAGUACAGUACAAUCCUCAUUAAACCCUAGCCCGUACCAACCGAAUCUGCCAAGCUAACGAAGAAGAUGACUCCAUGAAGACGAAGAGUGGCUGGCGAUUGAAUAUAUUAUAUUAUCUUGGAGAGAGAAGGGUACAGUACAGUAGCGUUAUCAGAUUCUGAGGUGUAGAGAUUAGAUUUGUGGUGAAGGCUAUGGCGAAUAGGUGGUGGACUGGGACUCUAGCUAUGAAUCAAAUGGAGAUGAAAAGCCAUCUUGGGUUGAGGAGGGAGCCGGAAUUUAUCGGCGGCGGCGGCGGCGGCGAUGGCGGCGCCACCACGACCACGACGAACAGUAGUGGGAGUCAGAGUCAGAACCCUAGUGAGGGUGGGAACCAUGGCGGCCAAGAAGAGGAGGUGAAUAAUAAUGAGCAAGAAGGGGAGGAGCAGAACGGAGGUGGGUCGUCCGGUCGGCGGCCGCGGGGGAGGCCGCCGGGGUCGAAGAACAAGCCGAAGCCGCCGAUUGUGGUGACGAAGGAGAGCCCCAACGCGCUAAGAAGCCACGUGAUGGAGAUCAGCAGCGGGAGCGACAUCGUGGAGACCAUCGCCGCCUUCGCGCAGCAGCGCCACCGCGGCGUCUCCGUCCUCAACGGCAGCGGCAUCGUCACCAACGUGAACCUCCGCCAGCCCGCCGUGCCCGGCGGGGUCAUUACGCUGGAAGGAAGAUUCGAGAUACUCUCCUUAUCCGGCGCGUUCCUCCCGGCGCCUUCCCCGCCCGGAGCCUCGGGAUUAACGGUGUACCUCGCCGGCGGACAGGGCCAAGUCGUGGGCGGGAAUGUGGUGGGUUCUCUGGUGGCUUCAGGCCCGGUGAUGGUCAUCGCCGCCACCUUUACAAACGCAACCUACGAAAGAUUGCCACUGCAGGAGGAAGAGCCGCCGCCGCCGCAGGCGGCGGCGGCGAAUGAAGCUAUGCAACUGCAGCCACCGUCGGAAGUGGAAGCCGCCGCCGCCGCAGAUCCACCAUCUUCUUCCUCCCUCCCUUUAUACAACUUACCUCUCAACUUGUUCUCCAAUGGCCAUAUGCCCCAUGAAGCCUUCUGGUCUCCUCCGCCGCGCCCGCCGCCAUCAAAUUAUUGAGCAAGAACGAGAAAUAAAUCAAAAAAAACCAGAAGGAGAUAUAUAGGAGAAAGAUCAUAUGAAACUUCACAAUCUCUCAUGAUCUGCAACCUUUUCUUAUUUGCCUUUUAAUCUUUCUUCUUCCUCUAUGUAAAUCACUCUCUUGUUAGGUUUUCCCUUUCUGGGCUGUAACUUUGAAACUUGAAUUAGAGCAAUAAAUCUCCUUUCCUUCUCCAUC